AUGCUUAGAACGACAUUAGUAAGAAACGGUAUAUCCAUCAGGUUUGGGGCUGCUCACUUUCGUUUAACAUCUGCCACAUCCUCAUUAUUCCCGGUACAUCGUUGGAUUUCCACCGAAAUUCCAGAGAAAGCACAAGCGUUUGAGACAAAGGAAGAAGAAACAGUAUAUAAGAAACUAAAGGAAGCACUAGAUCCCAAACAAUUGGCUGUUCAUGAUAUUUCUGGAGGUUGUGGAUCCAUGUACAAUAUAGUAAUCAAAUCAGACAAGUUUAAUACGUUAACAACUAUCAAGCAACAUAAAAUGGUAAACACUAUUCUCAAGGAAGAAAUAUCUAGAUGGCAUGGACUACAAUUAUCUACGCAGAAGGAUAAAUAG